AUGGAAGCCAACGGAGAAGUCACUGAUUUGGACGAAAGUCUUUAUAGUCGGCAGAUUUAUGUUUAUGGAACUGAAGGCAUGCGUCGAAUGGCAAACACAGACAUUUUAGUUAUUGGCCUGGAAGGACUUGGCCUCGAGGUCGCUAAAAAUAUUAUUCUUGCCGGAGUUAAGUCUCUAACAUUGUGUGAUAACUCUCCAUUGUGUAUCGCUGACUUAACAUCUCACUACUUUGCGGACCUCAAUGAUAUAGGACAUCCACGUGCUGAAGUUUCUUCAACUUGCGGACUUUUUGGCAAAGUGUUUUGUGACUUUGGAGCAGAUUUUGUAUUGUAUGAUCCAACUGGUGAAUUGGCUCCCUCAGUUAUGAUUCAACAAGUAGAGAAGAGCAAACAAGGACUUGUCACUUGUUUAGAAGAGACCCGUCAUGGGUUUCAGGACGGUGACUACGUAUCUUUCUCUGAAGUAAAAGGUAUGGUGGAGUUGAAUGGCUGUGAACCCCGAAGAAUCACUGUUGUUGGACCUGAUGUAUUUUCCAUUGGCGAUACGUCUACUUUUAGUUCAUAUAUUUCUGGUGGCAUGUGUACGCUUGUUAAAAUGCCAUUAAAAAUCAACUUUUUGCCCUGCCGAACAGCCUACUGUUCCCCAGUUUUCAUGACAACAGACUUCGCCAAAACUGAGCGUUCCGCACAAAUUCAUCUUUUCUUUAAGGCUCUUAGUGAUUAUAAGAACAGCAACGGAUCCAUUCCUAAACCUUGGUGCAAAGAUGAUUCUCAUGCCUUUGUGGAUUAUGUUCAUAAAGUGAAUGAACAAGUGAAAGGCACAGGUGCUUCAGUCCCGUCCAUUGAUGAAAAGCUAGCUUUACUCUUUGGAUGUAUCUGCUCAGGUCAAUGCUCUCCUGUCAUGUCUUUUACAGGCAGUUUCGCUGCUCAAGAAGUAAUGAAGGCAUGCAGUGGAAAGUUUACACCGUUGCAACAGUGGAUGUACUUCGAUGCAAGCGAAUGCCUCCCAUUAAGUUCAGAUGGAGAUUUUGUAAUCUCAGAGGACGAUGCUAAGCCGAUUGGAUCUCGUUAUGACGGCCAAAUUGCGAUAUUUGGACGUGCGUUCCAACAAAAGCUAAAAGAUUUAAAAUAUUUCAUAGUUGGUUCAGGUGCAAUUGGAUGCGAGUUACUCAAAAACUUCUCGUUGAUGGGCGUUGGUGCAGGACCGUCUGGAAAAGUUGUCAUUACGGACAUGGAUCUCAUUGAAAGAUCAAACCUGAAUAGGCAGUUCCUCUUUCGUCCAUGGGAUAUUCAUAAAAUGAAAUCAGUGGUGGCAUCAGCCGCUGCUAAAAUGAUAAAUCCGGAGCUACAUAUUGAAGCUCAUGAAAACCGCGUUGGACCAGAAACAGAAAACAUAUAUGACGACGAAUUCUUUGAAAAAUUGGAUGGAGUCGCCAAUGCAUUAGACAACGUUGAGGCACGCACUUAUGUCGACCGUCGUUGUGUCUUUUACCGCAAACCUCUUUUAGAAUCUGGAACUUUAGGGACUAAGGGUAAUGUACAAGUUGUUAUUCCUUACUUGACCGAAUCUUACUCAUCUUCACAGGACCCUCCGGAAAAAUCAUUCCCUGCCUGCACUCUGAAGAACUUCCCUUAUCUCAUUGAGCACACCCUCCAGUGGGCACGUGAUUUAUUUGAAGGACUUUUUGUCCACCAGUCACAAGCGAUGAGUUCGUUUUUGCAGGAUCCCCCAGGCUUUUUAGAACGAACAUUAUCAAAUCAAGGAAAUCAACCCUUGGAAACACUAGAAACUUUAAAAACAAAUUUAAUAGACAAAAGGCCAAAUAACUUCGAAGAUUGCGUCACUUGGGCUAGAUUACUCUGGCAGGAUUUGUUUUCAAACACUAUCGCACAACUUUUGUUCAACUUCCCUCACGAUCAUGUCACUUCAACUGGUUCUGAUUUUUGGUCAGGAACAAAACGAUGUCCCCAUCCAUUAGAUUUUGAUGUACAGAACCCAACACAUUUGGAGUUUAUCUUGGCAGCUUCGAAUCUUCGAGCAGAAUGCUAUAGUAUCCCGCAAUGUCGAAACCUGUCUAAGAUUUCCGAAAUCGUUCAAAAUGUGACUGUACCGCCCUUUGUUCCUCGAUCGGGUGUACGAAUUGAUGUUACAGAGGCAGAAGCUCAAUCAAGAUCAGCUGCACCAAUGGCUGAUGCAACUCGACUUGAAAAAGUUCAGAAGGCAUUACGUAACUUCAGCACCACUCCAAAACUACAUGUCAACGUGAUUGAAUUUGAGAAAGAUGAUGAUACAAAUUUCCAUAUGGAUUUCAUCACUUCAGCAAGCAAUUCAAGGGCUGAAAAUUAUGAAAUUACUCCAGCUGAUCGAUUAAAAAGUAAAUUAAUUGCUGGUAAAAUUAUCCCUGCGAUUGCAACGACAACUAGUUUGGUAGCUGGUUUGGUGUGCUUAGAGCUAUUCAAGCUUGUUCAAGAACACAGAAAGCUUGAACUAUUCAAAAAUGCUUACGUUGAUUUGGCGUUGCCAUUUACUUCAUUUUAUGAACCUGUAGCACCUGUCAAAUCAAAGUACUACGAUACAGAAUUUUCUUUAUGGGAUCGGUUUGAACUUUCAGGUCAUAUGACCUUGCAGGAUUUAGUUGACUACUUCAAAAAUAGUUUGAAGUUAAAUAUAACAAUGCUUUCCCAAGAUGUUUCUAUGCUCUAUGCAUUCUUCAUGCCAGAGGCAAGGCGUAAGGAACGUUUAGCUAUGUCAUUAAAACAACUAGUUGAAACAGUCAGCAAACGCCAGGUACCUCCACAUGUCAAAGUGCUGGUUUUCGAUGUCUGUUGCAGUGAUAUGAAUGAUGAAGAUGUUGAAGUGCCAUAUAUCCGCUAUGUACUGGAACCAACCAAAUAA